AUGUUUGAUACUCUUGGACUCAUUUGCAUGAUUUGGUGGUGUAUGAUGCCAUUUCAUCCCUUGCAUGCUGACAUCCAGUGUACGGGGUCAGAGGCACAAGAAUCACCUAUUACAAACGUGAAAAUGAAUUGGAGAAAAAUGGAACUGUCCUGGGAGAGCAGUAAGAAUUUCUCCAAGUACAAAUGUACCAUCAUGGACAGGGACGUAGAAAGUAUAGAGAAAGAGGUGAACAGCCCACUCUGCAGGUUUCCAGUGGAACAAUACAUGCCUCUGCACAAAGGGGUAUUCUUUAUCAUUGAAGUGCCAAACACAAACACCUCAAAAAAAUGCACCUUUAUCCCUGGAGGCAUGAAUGGGUCAGCCAUUGAAAACUUCUCCUGUGUGAUUUAUAACAUUUCCCUCAUGAACUGCACUUGGCAGGCAGGCAGGGAUGCUCCAGGAGAUACCCAAUAUUUUCUCUACUGGCAGAACUCGAGAGAGGAUGAAAAGAUGGAAUGCGAGCUUUACAUUAAAGAUGAAAAUGGCAGAAACAUAGGAUGUAGAUUCCAAAAUGUGAGGAUAGAGACUGAAAAAGCUUACUUCCUGGUGAACGGGUCUAGCAAAGACUCCCUGAUCCAGUUCUAUGAUGAGUACAUUCAACUGUAUAAAAUUGAAAUACUCACUCCUCCAUUAAAUGUCACUGCCAAGUGUACUGGAGAUUCAGCGGGUUGCACAAUUACAUGGCAACCACCCCUUACAAGUCAUGUGGAAAACAUAAAGUGUUUUCUGUAUGAAAUUAGCAUACAAAAUAAGGAUGAGCCCAAAGAAGAGAAAAAGGAUCCUCCUCCAAAAGUAAGGAACAACAGCUACAAAUUCCAAAAUUACGAUGAGAAAAAAAAAUACAUCCUGAAAAUCAGAGCACGUGGAAAAAACUGUCUCGUAAGCUCAAACUGGGGGGAAUGGAGCAAACCCAUCGAGUUUGGUCAAGGGAAAGAUUACUCUAUUUUUAUGAUUUUAUUUCUGAUAGCACUUGGAACAAUAUCAGUGACAGUGCUCCAAUAUUGCCUUUUCAAAAGGUACUGCAGUUGCAAAAGCAUAUUUUCUUCCAUACCACAACCAAGAGACAAAUUUAAUGCAUCAACAGAUGAAGAUAUCCAG